AUGGAUUUGGAAGAGCGGGCACGGAGAUGCCAGGAGUACGUGGAGGCGCUCGAGGAGGAGCGGCGGAAGAUCCAGGUCUUCCAGCGUGAGCUCCCCCUCUGUCUCCAACUCGUCAACCAAGCGAUAGAGAGCAUUAGGAUGCAGAUGGGGAGCAGUGAGGAGACGGUGACGGACGAGCCCGUGCUGGAGGAGUUCAUCCCCUUGAAGCCGACCUCCUCUUCGAUCGAAGAGGAGAAAGGUGGCUCCAUGGAGAUAAAUCAAGAGAGAUCAGAUAAGAAGCCAGAUUGGCUCCGAUCCGUCCAGCUCUGGAACCAAGACCCCGAUCUCUCGCUCCCUAAAGCGGAGCCUCCGAAGAAGCCGAUCGCGGUGAAUGCGAAGAAGAUCGGUGGAGCCUUCCGCCCAUUUGACAGAGAAAAGCACGUCCCAGCGCCGGUGCCGUCCGCGGCGGCACCCGCGAGCUCUACUACGGUGGGUGGAGACGGCGACGGCGAAAAAGAGAAGGACAAGGAGGGCCAGUCCCAGUCUCACAGGAAGGCGAGGCGGUGCUGGUCGCCGGAGCUCCACCGCCGGUUCGUUCACGCCCUCCAGCAGCUCGGAGGCUCCCAUGCCGCGACGCCGAAGCAGAUCCGGGAGAUGAUGAAGGUGGACGGUCUCACCAACGACGAGGUCAAGAGUCAUUUACAGAAAUACAGGCUACACACAAGACGGCCAAGCUCAGCUGUCCAGAACAGCAGCACCAGUAGUCCCCCGACUCCCCAGUUUGUAGUGGUUGGCGGAAUAUGGGUUCCGCCGCCGGAUUAUGCAGCAGCUGCAGCUGCAGCACAACCAACUGAUGGAGCUGGUGCUUCCCCAAGUGGAAUCUAUGCUCCUGUUGCAUCACUGCCAUCGGAUUCGAGAUGUCAACAGCAGCAGGGUAAGAAGCAGUCACAAAGGUCACCCACCGGGCCGCUACAUUCAGAAGGUAGAUGCAGUGGAGAUGAUAACAGCAGUAGAAAGGAUGGUGCUGCCAACUCAGCUUCCCCUACUAGCUCAUCAUCUUCUCAGACCACAACAGCUUCACCGCCCUUUUGACUCUUUCCGAGAGUAGCUAGACAGCAUUUUUUUGAGUUUGCUUUUUGUAACGAGGGAUUGACAACCUUCUGUGUUUUCUGUGAUGCAAGUAAAUAAAUAGAGGUAUAUAUGCAUGAAAUUAAAUAUAUUCUGUUGUUUCUCUGAUGACCUGUAUGUGAACAGCAACUGAAGUUAAAUCAUCUUCAUUAGAGUUUGCCA